AUAAAAUUCUGGCCAAUGAUGUUCAAGAAUGUUGACACGUCCUGCCCGAGGAGAUGAUGUGUAUAUUUUGUACACAACGGAGCUGACGCCGAUAACAAGUCGGUGUCUGAAUUAACUAAUCGUUCACUGAGUCUUUGUUUUCAGCUCAGAGCCACACACGGGCGGCAGGGAGCCGAGUGACGAGCUGUAAAAGUUGGAAACCUUAGCUGAAUUUCCUCGGCGGUGUCGGUGACUCCCAGCUGUCAUGUUGGCCGUGCUCUCCGUCCUGACUGCCGCCCUCUGGCUCUCCUAGCUGGGGUGGGUAUACAUGGGGGAUCGUAUCACCAGAGGAUGGAGGAUUUAACCUGGGACCAUUAUGGCUGCUGUGACGGUGUGGCGUUACACCAGUGGCCGUGUCCUCGGAGGAUGGGGCCCGCUGCUGUGUGUGCUCCUCGGCUCUCUGGUAGCCCUCCUGAUGCCCCUGGUCGGGGUGGAGAACCAGUGCUGCGCCGCCCUGAAGGGCAUCGCUCAGCUCCGCUGCCAGCUGUGGGGAGGCUCUCAACAGCAUCCAGCUGUGCAGUCCACCAGCCUCACCGUCCCCUUCACCGCCCUUGAUCUGCUGCCUCACAGGUCCAAGCCCAGCAAAGAGAUGGAGCUGGAGGCCAAAGCGGCGCUGCAGCAGGCUCUGGAGAUGAAGAAACUGGGGAAGAGGGAGAAGGCUCACAAGCUGCUGGUGCAUGCACUGAGUAUGAACCCUGAUUUUGUGGAUGCCCUGACAGAGCUGGGGACCAUUCUGGAGGAGGAGAAGGAUGUCGUCCAGGCAGACCACCUCUACACCAAGGCCUUGGCCAUUUCUCCAUGUAAUGAGCGGGCUCUGGUCAGCCGAGACCGAACUCUGCCCUUGGUGGAAGAGAUUGACCAGCGUUACUUUGGCAUCAUUGACAGUAAAGUGCGCAGGCUUAUGUCCAUUCCUAAAGGCAACUCUGCACUCCGACGAGUGAUGGAAGAAACCUACUACCACCACAUCUAUCACACGGUGGCCAUUGAAGGCAGCACGCUCACUCUGUCUGAAAUCCGUCACAUCAUCGAGACGCGUUACGCCGUUCCUGGGAAAAGCCUGCAGGAGCAGAACGAGGCCAUCGGUGUGGAUGCGGCCAUGAAGUACAUCAACACCACGCUGUUGUCCAGAUCAGGAACCAUGACUGUCAGUGACAUCCUGGAGAUUCACCGGCGGGUGCUCGGGUAUGUGGACCCCGUGGAGGGAGGCAGGCUGCGCACCAGCCAGGUGUUUGUGGGCCACCACAUCCCACCCCACCCUCAAGACCUGCAGAGACACAUGCAGGAGCUGGUUCAGUGGCUCAACUCUGAUGAGGCCCUGCAGCUGCACCCUGUGGAGUACGCAGCUCUCGCCCACUACAAACUGGUGUAUGUGCACCCAUUUGUAGACGGCAAUGGACGCACAUCACGCCUGCUAAUGAACCUUGUGCUUAUGCAAGCGCGAUACCCACCGAUCACAAUUCGCAAAGAACAAAGGGCUGAAUAUUAUGCGGCUCUAGACACAGCUAAUGAGGGUGAUGUGCGGCCUUUCAUUCGCUUUAUAGCCAAAUGUACAGAGAUAACCUUAGACACAUUGUUGAUUUCUACAACAGAGCAUGCUGUGGGGCUGCCGGGAGCCAGAGAGGACCAGGCCUGUCCCGACUGCAAACAGACCAUCCCCAUCCACAACUGAGCAGGAGACGGAAGAAGAAUAGGCAUGAGACGCUAGCAUGCAGAGAUAGGUUUUGAUGAAU